AUGUCCGACAGGAUACUCUGCAAGUUCUUUGUCCAUGGCUCGUGCUUGAAAGGAGAAAAUUGUGAAUAUUCCCAUGACUGUAAAGAUCCGGCGAAUAAUGUUUGCACAUUCUAUCAGAAAGGAAUAUGCUUGUACGGAAGUAGAUGUAGAUAUGAACAUUCCAGGACUAGUCUACCACAAUCUUUAUCUCCCUCCAAUGUUCCUCUUCCCUCAGAUUCUCAGCCACAGUCUUUAUCAGCCGCUUACAACUCUCUCCUCACACCCUCGUUGAAUCAUCUGCAACAAAAAGGAGAUGACAACAAUGACGGUGAAAAAUACUAUAUCGACCCAAGAGACUACCCGAUUUGCUCAUUCGCUGCAGCUGGUGAUUGCCCUCGGGGAAGCCAGUGUCCGCACAUGCACGGAGACGUCUGCAGCACCUGUGGGAAGAAGUGUUUGCAUCCUUUCAGGCCCGAAGAGCGAGAAGAGCACACGAAAGAGUGCGAGAAGAAGCAGAAGCAGAUGGAAGCUUUGAAGAAGAGCCAAGAGAUUGAGUGUAGCGUGUGUUUGGAUCGUGUCUUGUCAAAGGCAACUCCAGGGGAAAGGAAGUUUGGGCUGUUGACUGAGUGUGACCAUCCUUUCUGUAUACAGUGCAUUCGUAAUUGGCGCAGCAGUGCUCCUGUUUCAGGGAUGGAUGUGAACAGCACGUUGAGAGCGUGUCCUAUAUGUCGCAAGCUCUCUUAUUUCGUUGUCCCUAGUGUUGUUUGGUACUCUACUCCUGAAGACAAGAAGGAGAUCAUCGAUGUAUACAAGGCAAAACUCAGGUCAAUUGACUGUAAGCACUUCAACUUUGGAAAUGGGAACUGCCCAUUUGGAGGAAGUUGUUUCUACAAGCAUGCAUAUUCUGAUGGUCACUUGGAAGAAGUUGUUCUACGGCAUCUUGGUUCUCAAGGAGAAACUCUAAUAGCAGACACUUUGAGGCUAUCAGAGUUCCUUGGUGGCCUGCAGAUGUAA